ACAGAGUUCAGUGCAGAGCACCGAGGUCCAGGAGGUGCCGGCCUUCUUCAACUUGUGGGAAAGCAACUUCUAGGGCUGCAAAUAUUGGACAGGGGAAGAAGUUUGGGCAGUUGUAGCUGGCAGGCCUGUGGACAAGGUUGUGUCUGUGAGGUAGGCAGGAACUUCUUUCGGUUCUGUUGAGGGAGGGGCCGGGCCGCGUGUGGUCUGGAUUGGGUGCGGAAAACUUCUCUACUCAGCAUUAUUCCUGCAACGACUUUGAUCGAGUGACGGCAUGGCAUCAUCCUUGACAGCAGCGGUACAAGGGUUCGAAAGGUUGUCACUGGCCUCCUCAUCUAGGAACGGGUGCAGCAUCUCUGGGUCGCAGUAUGGGUCAAUGCAAGGAAGCGCGCUGAGCGGAGCUCCCAGGCAGCUCUCUUCAGCAUCGUUCAUUGCUCCCAGACUACCAGCAUUGGCGCGGCGACAGGUCAGCGUCCAGACUGCCCCAGGUUUGCAGAUUCUUGCAAAGCAGAACGCGUUGAAGAGGACGAGGCAAAACGAGAAGAGGAGGGCGUACCACAAGGCUAGGAAGUCCGAAAUGUCAACCAGGAUCAAGAAGGUCUUGAUGCUGACUGAGCAGCUGAAGGGCAAGCCCGAGGACGCGCAGGAGAACCUCACCCUUGUAGAAAAGUACAUCUCGGAGGCUUACAAGAUCAUUGACAAGUCUGCCAAGGUUGGAACCAUCCACAAGAACAGGGCCAACCGCCGGAAGUCCAGACUAGCAUUCGCCAAGAAGUCUGUCGAAGUCGCCCUUGGCUUGUAUACGCCCCCGCCUCCUCCCGAGGUUCGGGCCGCUUCCUCGAAGGUUGCGGACGAAGAUCAGGCAGAUAAGGUUACGGUUGUGUCGGUCUAAGAGAUUGACCAGUCGGACGAAAGUGUUUCGCAUCUUUGGGAAUCAGAGUGCACAUUCCAACCAUUAGUAUCGCAGAUAACUGGCUGAUUGGUUUGGCAGUGCACCGAUCAGCUUUGAACGAUAGAGGGGUAAUCAGGUUUUGGACCGGCACGACAGAGACGAUGCCGCACAGGUGUUGUGCGGAAGAAAAUCUUACAGGUACCGAGUUGCCAUGUUUGAUAUACUGCCGCGAUUUACGCGCAAAGGCCUGAUGUAGUUCAGCCGAGCCGUAGCUUCUUGGAACUUCAUCCUUGUUGUCCUGCGCGGCUCUUGCUAGCUUCAUCUCAAUUUAAUGCCGCGGCACUGUUCGUUGAUAUAUCGUGGCUGUCCAUGAUUCUUGGAAAAGUAAUUUCUAU